AUGCUUUCUUCGGGGCUUUCAGACUUUCUUCAGCCGAGAUCACGUCAGAUUCUUUCACGCUUGGACCUUUCUACAUACAAGGUGUUGGAAGAAUCUUUCGUACAUCUUCACUUCCGGCGUGUCUUUGGCGAUUUCAAUAUAAGAUUUUACCGAUUCGUCUUUCUUGGGACUCAAGAUCUUGUCAUUGGAGUUCUUGAAGCAAUUCGAAUUUCUCUUUUCCAGUUCAGGGAUUUAAAAUCUUCUUCCAGCAUAAAGAGAACUCCGAAAUACGACAUCGUGUUAGGUCUUGCAAGCUUGCUUGGACUUCUCUCCUCACCAGCGGCGAUUUCCUCGAACCUUGGUGUUUCUGGGCUAUAA